UGAGUACCAGACGAGGACGAGGAGAUUACAAAUUAAAUUUAUUUAUUGGAAUAAUUAUACUGACGCAUUUCGUAUUAAAUAUACUGUUGAACGAAAUCGUGAAAUUAUUACACCUUUACCAACGACAGGAACCAUUGAAUCAGGUGAAGUUCAUAAUGAGCAGAGCUACGAAAUUCAAUCGCCAUUCUUCCCGUCUAAUUAUCCUAGCGACUACGCAACAGAGCAUAUUAUGAAGUGUGAUUUUGAAUCAUGUCGAAUUCGAAUUGAAUUUUCCGACUUUUUAAUAUCAAGAUCAUCGUCCAUGGAGUUUAUAGACACAAGUGGUGAAAGGUUUUAUGUAACAGGUAAAAACUUUCGUCCACCGCUUUUAGUGUCUUCGGGUGCUUCUGUUACAAUUCGAUUUAAUGCAAAUGGUGGUUCUGAUAUGGGAUAUAAAGCCAAAGUUUGGUUCAUUUCGGCACUGGAAUUAACUGACAUGACUGUUGCUCAAACAAAUUGUGGCGGAUUAGUUGAUACAAUUGGAGGGGUAAUAACAAUGAUGAACAUGUCUGGAAAGGAAUUUAAUGAAUCAUCAUCAGCUCUUUAUGACUGCAUUUGGAUUAUUAAGCCACCAGAAGCUUACUUACAGAUCAAGUCACACAUUUCAAUUCAAGUUGAAAAUUUUGAGGAUAUGGCAUCAGAUUCAGAGAUUCAAAUACAUCAAGGCAUUACUUCUGAUAAGGUAGUAAUUGAGCUUUUAAAAUCAUCUGAAGGAGGUGCUGUUGCAUCCAGAAACUUGAUUGCUCCACUUUCAGCUGGAUUUUAUGUUCGACUUCGUGGACGAUUCAAUUCAAAGUCUCGACUGGCGAUAGUUUAUGCUAUAUUCAGCUAUUCUAAAUGCUACACAGGAAAUGAAUUCAUGUGCCAAAAUCAAAGAUGUAUAUCCUUAAUGCUUCAAUGUGACGGAUUUGAUCAUUGUGGUGACAAUUCAGACGAGCCUGAAUCAUGCUCAGAAAUAUGGGAAAACAGUGUAAUUGAUCGUAGAUGGUACUCACAUACACCAAACUAUUACUUCCCAAAACUCGAGCGAUUCCCAGAUUUCAGAUCAACGUCUAUAGCUUUUGCAUUGUCAUCAUUAUCGCUCUUACUCGUUAUAUCCUGCCUAAUUUUGAUGAUUCAUCGUAAUGGAAAUAGAGUGAGAGAACAAGAAGAACUACAAAAUCAACUUCAGACAAUUAGUCAGUUGUUAGAUGCAAACAAUAACAAUAAUCGACCAGAAGAAAUAAAUGAACCCCCACCAAAUUAUGAACAUCCACCAAAUUAUGACGAAAUAAUUAAAAUCGGAAUGGAUGAACAAAUAAAUCGGGCAAAGAGGGAGAGAAGAUCAGGAAGAACCAGUCGCCUUCAAAGACCGAGACGAUCAGAUCCAGCGGUGUCAGUCCAAAGGUCCCUCCUUGAACUAGCAGUUCAAGAAGAAAGUGAUUUACCAUCGACAAGCUCAAUGGGAUCAGUUUCAGGAUAUUAUGGCAACAAUGAUUCACGAGAAAACUUAUCACGACCUUUCCAAAUGUUAGAUGUUGAAGAAGCGAUUGAGACAUCAAGGCAGAACAGCCCAACAAUCCCAAAUGUUUCUCAGACGAACAUUUCAAUGCCCUACAGCGAGGCCCAAAAAAUUGAGAUUCCAAAAACGACAGACGAGUCAAUAAACUUUUCAUUACCCUCGUCUUCGGCAGGCAUCCAAAACUUUUUGGAACCAAAGCAUUUGUGGAGUGAGGAUAGCAUAUAUAAAAGGUCAUGGAUUCGCUUUAAUUCCGAUGAUUACUUGUCAAAAGUGCCCCAUUCCAUAAACAUUAACUCGUUUGAUUCCAUUGACAUUGCCCAAAUGCAAGAAGUCGAUGAAUAUUUUAGAUCAUAUGCUGCAAGCAAGGCAUUUUUUCAGCUUUCCCAAAGCGAAGAUUCAUUCGUCAGCAUGAAAUCAUGUUUCUGUGAUUCAACGCAGUCAUUUUUCAGUGAGAAAUACAAGACGACCCUUCUGACCCAUAAAGCUGAAUGUGAACGAUGUAAAACAUUAAUUUAUCAAGCAGAAAAUCGACGGUGCUCAAUGUGCGGUGACUGUGUUGAGAAAUUUUAUUCGCCUAAAGUGUGUACGACAUGCAAUGGACGAAUUUCAUUUCAAGAUUUAAAGAAUUGGAGUAUUAAGCAUCAAAACAUAAAUGUUGAGAAGCCUGAAGAGACUCUUGCUAUAAAACUGUGUAAUUGCUUCCCAAAAUAUCCAUCACAAAAUUUUAGUUCAAUUCAGUCGAAUGACGUCAAUGAGAUACAAGUCCUUCCGAAAAUCUCAGGAAAGUCAUGUUCCUAUAAUGAAAUUGUACACCAACCGAGGAAGAAGAAGAGUUUGCAGCUAUUUAGCUCUCAUACUUGUUUGCCUCUCAAAAGUUCCUCAUCAUCGAGUGACGACGACUCAUCGGACGCUAAUGAUGAUUAGAAAUAAUUAUACCUAUCUGUUAAUCUAUCGUUACCAUUUACACUGUUAUUUUAUGAGUAUGCCGGAUAUUUAUUCGAAAAUAAUCAACAGAUUUAAAUAAAUUAAAGGAUUAAAAUCUAUAAAACCAUACAAAUGUUUUGAUAAAAGUGGCUGUUGUAUGGUUCUAAAUAUUUUGUCACUUCAAAGAUAUACAAAUGUUUGAUAAAGUUAACAAUUGUGUGGUUUAAAGCAUCUUUUAACUUCAAAAACCAUACAAAUGUUUUAAAAAACAAUUGUAAAGUUUAAAUUUCAAAUUUAUAUAAUCCGUUAAAACUUUAAAAUUAAAUUGAAAUUAAUAGGUAUUCAAAAUUUACAGAUUUGAUGUAAAUUAAUCUGUAAUUUAUGAUCAAAAAUUGUAUUUAU